GAGAAAAAAAUCCCGAGUCCCUUCCACGUCCAGAUCGCCAUGCCCAAGGUGCCACGAAACCGAAGAGGAUAUCGCACCUCCACGGGCACGCCCUCUCCCCACCGAGCUCCGGGCGCGCCGCAAGAACCCGGCCCUCCGCCUCCGGCUUGGCCUCCAGAUAGGAGGCGCCGGAGCUCUUUAGCUCCAGCAGCACACCACAAGGCGCCUUCAUCUGCUAUUAUCGGCAAGACCCCUCCACAUUUGGUGCAUCUCCAUUGAAGACAGCCAUUGCGAUGCUUCCAAAGUUCCCAGGCGACAAGGAUUAUGAGAUUAUCUUUCUUGACAUAUAGACAAGGCAUCUGAACGUACUCACUGAAAUGGAUAAGAAGAAAGCGAUCGAUGACACUGAACCAGGAUCAGCUCCUCCUCAUGCCGUGGACAGAUUUGGUUUUAUAAAACCUGACCAAAGCAACUCCCCUGAAGGAAUUUCGAAAAGCAGAUCCAUACAUGAACGUGAAAGGGAGGAAAGGAGGAUAACAAAAUGGAGGAAGAUGAUAGGUGUUGGUGGCAGUGACUGGAAGCAUUAUGUUAGAAGGAACCCCCAUGUGGUUAAAAGGAGAAUAAGGAAAGGAAUUCCCGAUUGUCUUAGAGGGCUUGUUUGGCAGUUGAUUUCAGGCAGCCGAGAUCUCUUGCUAAUGAACCCUGGGGUUUAUGAGACACUGGUGAUAUAUGAGACAUCGGCCUCUGAAUUGGAAAUUAUUCGUGACAUAUCGCGUACAUUUCCAUCUCAUAUUUUCUUCCAACAAAGACAUGGUCCAGGGCAAAGAUCCUUGUAUAACAUUUUAAAAGCAUAUUCUGUCUAUGAUAGGGAAGUUGGAUAUGUGCAGGGAAUGGGAUUUUUAGCAGGGCUGCUGCUUCUUUACAUGAGCGAGGAAGAUGCAUUCUGGUUAUUAGUCGCCUUGCUUAAGGGAGCUGUCCAUGCUCCAAUGGAAGGCUUGUAUCAGGCUGGUUUGCCACUCGUGCAGCAAUAUCUGUAUCAAUUUGAGAAAUUAGUGAUUGAGCACAUGCCAAAACUGGGGCUACAUUUUGUUGAAGAAAUGAUUAACCCAAGCAUGUACGCAAGCCAAUGGUUUAUCACAGUUUUCUCAUAUUCCUUCCCCUUUCAUCUAACUCUUAGAAUUUGGGAUGUCUUUCUUUAUGAGGGUAUUAAGGUUGUAUUUCAAGUGGGUUUAGCUCUAUUGAGAUCCUGCCAUGAUGAUUUGGUCAAAUUGCCUUUCGAGAAACUUUUGCAUGCCUUGAGAAAUUUCCCUGAGGAAGCAACUGAUCCAGAUGCAUUAUUGCCACUUACCUUCUCAUUUAAGGUGUCCAGUCGUCUCGAGGAGCUUCAGAAAGAGUAUCAGAAAAGACUGGAGGGUCCCAAUGAAAGUUCAACUAGUAGGCGUCUUCAGCCUCGCAUAUGGAAAACUAUGAGCAGGGCUGGUAGCCGCGUCGUGUCUAACUCAACCGCUGACAAAAAAUGACAAAUACAUCUCGUGUUGAAGACAAGCCACAGCACCCAUGUUGUAAGUUGUAUGUGCAUUGUAUAGAAUGGCCUUUAUUCAUUCAUCCUUUUGUUCUAUUUGUAAGUUAAAGCAAUAAACCAUGCUUUCAUAAACACAAAAGGUAGAACUGCACCUCCAACUAUGUGAGGCAGCAGGGUUCUUGAUGUUGUUCUUAUUGCUGGAAAACUGUAAAUACUUGUCGACCGUAAUGGUGUUCCAGUGCUUUUCCUAGUGAGAAGAUUGUGACUGUA